AGGGAGCCCUGCGUCCUGGCAUAAGGGACGGGCACUAUUAGAGAUAGUAGGUGGAUAAGCCAGCUGAAAGGUAAGUAGAGUCUACUUGUGGGAAGCCCUUACAACACUCAAUUGAAAAAUAAUAGAAAAUUAAAUUACAAAAAUAAACAAAUGUAACAGAUGAAAUGCUAUAAGCGCAGUAGAUGGUAGGAAAAUGUGUGUGUGUGUGUGUGUGUGUGUGUGUGUGUGUGUCAUCAUCAUCAGGUCGUUGCCGAUUCCUUAAGAUUAAGAAUACGGCCUUCAGUGUUAAUCUGGCGUCACCAAAGCAAGUAAUAGCAUCGGGUCAUACGGCAAACACCUAACUUCUUGAAUCAUUUACCUGGCAGUGUCGCAGCUCCACGACCAUUAUUCUGAAAGACUUCUGUGCCGCACCUCCACUACAUUCAAAGGACCUAGUUUAAGUUACAUGGGUUGUUAAGUUUUUUUUUUUUUUUAACGGCUCUAAUGACAGAUUAUCAUGAUUUCUAUUUUCCAAAGGUCUAGUUGAAGCUACAUUGUUUUUAAGGGUCUUUUUACGGUUCUAGUGACAGAUUAACAAGACUUCUACAUUUAAAAGGCUCUAAUUGAAGAUAAGUGUUUUUUCUACGGUUCGAGUGACAGAUUAAUUCCACUUUCACACAUUUCGACUUUUUACUGUCCAUGACCCGGCACCGUGUAUGCUACACACGUGUGCCAAGUCUAGAAAGCCUUGCUCACGCGGGGAAACCACCUUUCUCAGUGCACGUACCAUAAGACACCAAGGAAGACUUUAUACCUUCCUCGUGAGACGCAGAGCCUGAAUCCCGGGACUGAUGGUACAGAGAAAGGCAAAGGGAAGGCAUCAGUACAUCCCACAGGAUCAGUCAAUCCCACCAAGCCAUCGCGCUCUCCCACCCGCCUAAUAAGCCUUCCUAGCCUUCACCCUCUGUCUUGCCUGCUUUCAUGGUCUGCCUCCUGAUGCUUCUUGAAGUACUUUUUUUUUUUUCUUCUUCUUUCUCUCUUCCCUUAGUUAUACUAUGGCUACUUUUCGGAGAACAUUUUCUUUCCCCUGCGAAAGUUUGCAGGGUUACGCUUCAUUAGGACCACCCGCAGCAGAUUUAUGAAAGGGUUGCCUCUCAUUAGCAUAUUCACUGUAAUCAGCAUUCUUUAAUUACAUCACCUUGACAGUAAAGUAGUGAACAUCACAUUUACAACACUGACUGGAGGAAGAUGGUGAGAGGAGCAUGGCAACUUUCAAAAACGCACCUUUCACCUUGCCAGAUCACGCUGGUGCAAGCGCGCACGCACACACACAUACAUUUAACACUGAGCACACAGCAUCCUACGUCUUGCUGCUGGAUUAGAAGGUAAGUAACAGAACAAGUCACCUGUAAGUACCAUCAGUUUGUGGAGCCUACAAGGGUCAGUUGUGAGAGUAGACAUGUAUGUACACCAGACCACAUUGCAGGUAUCAUAACUGAUUGACCAUAAACCCUCUUUGGUUUGAGAGCAUAUAGGACUUGUGAUGAUGUAGCUGUGAGAGAAACGUUUCCAACUGACAUGCUAACAUGCCUGCCUUGCCUGUGCAGACGGUGACCAAGGUGAUCAUCAGCAGUCAGGCUGGCGGGGGCAUGAGCAACAUUGGGAGCCAGCAGGUGCGCCUCAUCACCAGCCAGAGUGGUAAUACUGCAGCCUCCCCUGCCAAGCUGACCUUGCAGCAGGCACAGCAUGUGGGUUUCUUGCCAUCCUCCAAGCCACAGGGCCAAUCUCCAAACAAGAUUGUUGUGCAGCGGGUGAGUAUGGGUGGAGUGUCCCCUGUGAAGAGUCCCAAUAAGUUGGUCCCUGUGUCCUCCAAGUCACCCACCAAAAUUGCCCCAGCCCCUCCUUCCACACAGCAGAUGAACUAUAUUCGACUAGUGAGUCCUGGAGUUGGUGGAGGAGGAGGAGGAGGCAGCGCCACACUCAUACGCCCAACACCUCCCACCAACAAGCCCAUUGCUCCUGCUGCCUCUCAGCCCAUCAAAAUUAAGGCUAUGCCCAUUGCUCCCAAUCAGACCGUAAGUUUGACUUUGCUCUUACUGUUAUGA